CAGGAGCGCCGCGGGCCUGCGCCCGGGCGGCGGCGUCGUGGAGCUCGCGGGGGCCAGCGAGUCGUGCCACACCUCGGUGCAGGGCGAGGAGUGCUACGGCAGCGUUGUCUGGCAGAUGACCAGCAGGCUGGGGGUCACCGGGCACCCGGAGCUGAAUUCCGGCCUGACCCGCGACUCCAGCUUCGAGGAAUUCCAGGCCUGGGUGCACAAGCAGAAUCCCGACGUCUGCCCGGUGCCGUGCACGCCGAAGGGCAAGCCGGGCGAGAACAGCAGCAAGAAGGUCGAGGCCGAUGCCAAGAAGAAGGUCAAGGAUGUAACUCAGGUCGACGCCGACUGCCACACGGCCACAAAGGGGGAGCCGUGCUACACGAGCGUCAAGUGGGCAAUGAACGAUGGUAUUUUCGCCCACCCGGAGUGGUACGAUGGCCUGACGAAGUCCUCCGAGUUCGAGAACUUCCAGGCCGCCAUCCACAGGCUAGACGCCUCCAUCUGCCCCCAGCCUUGCAGCCCCUCGCACCUCACGAAGAAGGCCGUGGAGGCCCUGGAGAGUGCGGGCAGCUCGUCAAAUUCAUGGUCGGCAUCUUCGGAGAGCUCGAAGAUCGAUUGCAAGAAUCCGAUUCCUGGCGACGCGUUGUGGCGGCGGAUGCCAACUUGGAGUGGGCGAGGCACAUUGGCAUAUACCUUCAUCCAGAGUGGUACGACCCCCUGACGCAGGAUGCUUCGAGCAAGGAGUUCCAGAUGGUCGUCCACAACCGGAACAAGUCAGCUUGUCCACCGCCUUGCGGCCUGAACGGUUCGAGCCUCGUCAUGGCGGAGAACCAGGGCCGAUGCAAGACUGCAGUCGAGGGAGACUCGUGCUAUGAUAGCGUCACCUGGGCCAUGCACGACGGCAUGGACAUGCAUCCAGAGUGGUACUCUGGGCUGUCCAAGAACUCGACCUUCGAGGAGUUCCAGGCGGCGGUGCACCGGCUCCGGCCAGCCAGCUGUCCUCCGCCCUGCCAGUGCUACACGGCCGUGAAGGGCGAGCCGUGCUACGAGGAGGUCGAGAAGGAGACCAAUGGCAAGAUGGACCCGCACUCCCGCUAUCAGGCCCAGCUCAUGCUCCACCGGGCCGGGCGCGGCACGUGCGGCUACCCCUGCAAGGAAGUGCGGCCGAAGGGGUCCCCGUCGCUCUACUGUUUCUCUGUGGUCUCACGCUUCAACCCCGAGGAGAUGCGCCUGCUCGAGAGGCAGAAGUCCCUCGGCGCCAGCAUCUUCGACUGCGACGACCUCGCUGUGCUGAGCACCGUGGACGUCGACUUGGGCGACGACGUGUCGACGCUGAUCUUCCCCGACGCCGCGGUCGGCGUGUCCAACGCGGGCACGGCCGCGAACGCGGAGCUCUUCAUGAACGCCUGGGAGG